AUGAUGUUCUGCACAUUUGUAAAGGGACUUGGACAGUUGAGAAACAGACACUUACAGUUGUCCCGUUCUUUGACAGCUUUAAAGAGCCGUUCAAGCAACAGCUGAAUAGAUUAAUAGAAAUCAACAACACAGCAGUACAAGCUAAAAGAGGUGACACAUCUGUUGUGCCACACAAAGAAUCUGUUAACAGACCUACACUUAUGUUAAAACCAAGUGAAAUUCCUUUCAAAGUGUCACAUAAUGAUGCAAAUGCUUCUGUGAAAACACUUCAAAAUACAACUAAGAAUCACUCAGAAAGCAAAGGCCUUCAGCGUACAUUUUCAAGCAGCUCAUCAAUGUCAUCUGUUUCUGAUUUCACUGCUGGUGAAGAAGACAGGAAGGCUGUUUCCCGUACAGGAAGAAAAGAUGAUAUAAAAUCUGCCAAGCCAGUUUUAGAGCAUCCAUAUAUACUCACUUUGCUUCACUUGCUCAAAUUUGAAAUUGCUGUACAUGAAAAAUAUAACAUGGUAAAGCUGACUAUUUGUGAAAGUAAUUGGGAAGUUGAAAUAACGGGUCCUGUUGCAUCUUUGAAGAUGAUUCAGAAACUAUUAACAGAGGAAGAUGAGCUGGAUCAUCCUGCACUAACUGAAACCUUUUUGGGAAAUGAUGGAGCUCUGCAGGACUUGAAGACCUUUAUUGAUUCAGCUGGACUGUAUGUGAAUAUUGUUGAUACUCAAGGCAAACCCUUCUUGCAAGUUACAGAUGGUGAAGAAAGAAAGGAAACAUUUCAUGAUUUCAUAUUCACACUGGUGGUUUCAAAACAGUGUUCUCCUCUGCCCAGUAGAGAGUGUCAAAAGCAAACUGAGUGGAUGGAAUUUGUCAAAUCAUUUGAAGAUACCUACACUCACCAGCAUAUCUUUGUUGAAGACACAUCUGUGACUUUGGUCUGCCUUGCUUCCAGGUCUCAAGAAAUGGAUUUCAUGGUGAAUAUAAUCAACAAUACCAUCUGUAAGCUGAAUAGAGACUUGAGACCUCUGCCUAAUCCAGAUCACAUUUCUCAAAGCAGCAAAUGGCCAGAUGAGGGCAUUCAGAGCUUAGGAAAUGCUAGCUCUGUGGGAAGAAAAGAGAGUUCUGAGUUUAAAAAAACUAUAUGCAUUGGAAACUCUGUACUGCUCUGGAUUCUGAAUGUUUUAAAUUUGAAAGGUAGUCUCAGGCAAGUCACAGAUGAUCUUGAUGUGGACAUUGAUGAAAAGGAAGAGGAGAUAUUUAUCAGUGGAUCUAAAGAGUUGUUUCAAAAACUGAAGUCAGUUCUUUUAAAAGAAGACAAAAAGGUAAUAUGA